UUUGUCUUUGUCACACUGUUCAAGUGAAAGAGGAUGACAAUAUAGAUGGAUUAAAGAAAGCCCAAUUGUCUGGAAGAUCUUGUGUGUAUAUAUCAUCAUCACCUGAUGAAGUUGCUUUAGUUGAAGGAAUACAGAGGCUUGGUUACACAUAUUUAAGGCUGAAGGACAACUUUAUGGAAAUUUUAAAUCCAAAAAAUGAUAUUGAGAGGUUUGAAUUGUUAGAGAUGUUGAGUUUUGAUUCUGUAAGGAGGCGAAUGAGUGUGAUUGUCCGAUCAGUGGCAGGUGACAUUUUUCUGUUUUGUAAGGGAGCAGAUUCAUCUAUAUUUCCUAGAGUUACAGAAGGCAAAAUAGACCAAAUACGAUCAAGAGUUGAGCGCAAUGCAGUGGAGGGACUGAGAACAUUGUGUGUUGCAUAUAAAAAGUUCACACGCAAAGAGUAUGAUAGUGUGUGCAAGCUGCUUCAGAAUGCAAAGCUAGCCCUUCAUGAUCGGGAAAAGAAACUGGCAGAGGCAUAUGAGCAGAUAGAGAAAGAUCUUAUUUUGCUUGGUGCUACAGCUGUUGAAGACCAGCUGCAAGAAAAAGCUGCUGACACGAUUGAAGCACUCCAGAAAGCUGGCAUUAAAGUUUGGGUUCUGACCGGAGACAAAAUGGAGACUGCUGCUGCCACAUGCUAUGCCUGCAAACUCUUCAGAAGAAACACACAGCUACUGGAGCUAACCACAAAGAAAAUUGAGGAACAGAGUUUACAUGAUGUAUUGUUUGACCUAAGCAAAACUGUCCUAAAGCACAGUGGCAGCUUAACCAGGGACAACUUCUCCGGACUUUCAACUGAUAUGCAAGAUUAUGGUUUAAUUAUUGAUGGAGCAGCAUUAUCAUUAAUAAUGAAACCUAGAGAAGAUGGGAGCUCUGGUAACUAUAGAGAGCGCUUUCUUGAAAUUUGCAGGAACUGCAGUGCAGUGUUAUGCUGUCGAAUGGCACCUUUGCAGAAAGCACAGAUCGUAAAAUUGAUUAAAUUAUCAAAGGAACACCCUAUCACAUUAGCAAUUGGUGAUGGAGCAAAUGAUGUCAGUAUGAUUCUAGAAGCACACGUUGGUAUAGGAAUCACUGGAAAAGAAGGCCGUCAAGCUGCAAGAAAUAGUGACUAUGCAAUACCUAAAUUUAAACAUUUGAAAAAAAUGUUGCUUGUUCAUGGGCAUUUUUAUUAUGUUAGAAUAUCAGAGCUUGUGCAAUACUUCUUUUAUAAGAAUGUCUGCUUCAUUUUUCCUCAGUUUUUAUACCAGUUCUUCUGUGGGUUUUCACAACAGCCUUUAUAUGAUACUGCGUAUCUAACACUGUACAAUAUCAGCUUCACAUCUCUUCCUAUCCUCUUGUACAGUCUAAUGGAACAACAUGUCAGUACAGAGAUGCUCAAGAGAGAACCUUCACUGUACAGGGAUAUUACCAAGAAUGCUCUUCUGCGCUGGCGUGUAUUUAUUUAUUGGACAUUCUUGGGACUGUUUGAUGCUGUGGUAUUUUUUUUUGGUGCCUAUUUCUUGUUUGACAACACAACUGUGACCAGCAAUGGACAGAUGUUUGGAAACUGGACCUUUGGAACACUGGUGUUUACUGUGCUAGUAUUUACAGUUACAUUGAAGCUUGCACUAGAUACACACUACUGGACAUGGAUAAACCACUUUGUGAUCUGGGGAUCGCUACUGUUCUACAUUAUCUUUUCCCUCCUCUGGGGAGGAAUUAUCUGGCCUUUUCUCAAUUAUCAGAGGAUGUACUAUGUUUUCAUGCAGAUGCUGUCUAGUGGUCCUGCAUGGCUGGGUAUCAUUUUGCUCAUAACUGUCAGCCUUCUUCCAGAUGUACUCAAAAAGGUUUUAUGCAGACAGUUGUGGCCCACAGCAACAGAAAGAACCCAGAUUAUGUCCAGGCACUGUUGGGACCACAUUUCAGAAUUCACACCUCUUGCCUCUCUGAAAAACCCAAAAUAUAGGAGCAAUUCCCCAGCCAGGAGGUCUAAUUCUCAUUCUAAAAAAAGGAUGUUUACGCACUGGAGAGGCAAUGAUUAUUCAAUACUUCCAUCUAUCUUUGGCUAUUCAAAUAACCGUUGCAAUUCCAGUGCAAGAUACUGCUACAGUGGGUCAGGUUUGGAAACAUCCGUAUGACAGAUCACCAAUUCAAGCCUUUAAGAACUGCAUUUUUCUUUCUUUUUUUGCAAAAACAGGAAACAUGUCACAGAACUGUACUAAAAUACACUUGGCUUUUCCUGUCUGAAAUAAUGUUCAGACAAAUAGGAUCAAGAGCUAUAAGUAUGAAUCUUUCCAGGCCUGUUGGCCCCUUUUUUAUGUUUUGAACUGCUGCAGCAAUGAACAAUCCGCACAGUCUGGUACUGUGAGACUGAUAACACUAGAAAUUCUCUUCAUGCUGUGUCAAGACGUUUGUGCGUUUGUUGCUUCUGUUGUCAUUAGUCAUUUUCUGUAUUACUUGAAGUGUAUAGUUUUAGUCAAUGACCUACAUUUUGAGAUCAACAGUUUCAAUUUUCAGCCAGAAGCAAUGACCUCAGAUAACUCCAGUGAAAGUCACUUAAAGAAUAUUUAACAAGUGCUGCUUCUGAUUUUCCUCUGUACUUUUUUCUUUCUUUGCUCUUUCUGUAGAACAAACUGGUGUUUCCUCUGUGCAAAUCUGCUUUCAAGAAACACUCUCUACUAUUCACUUCCUUGUAAGUGGCCAAAUCAGGGCUAGUAUGGUUUUAAGUUAGUUUCCCCUGUAGAAAGGUAGACAAAAUACAUUUUGCUUAGACUAGAGACACACCAUAUGGAGUCAAGCUGGCUGUCAAAUACAUAAAACCAUCAUUAUUGAUAUUUACUCAGUUACUGAAUUUAAGAAUUUAGCCUAAAAUGUCUGAAUUUAAGAAUAAAUUAACCAGUGUUCCUAUCACCUAGCUACCUCUCUGGAAAAGUGUAUGUGCAUGAUUCUAAAGUAUACAUAUUAGAAAGUAUUGGUGGGUUAAGCUUUUUCCUGUCAAUGAUAGGAAAUAGUUGUUCAUAACCAAUCUUUUAUGCUACUCAAAUAGGAUUUUUUUAAUAUCUCCAUUUUUGGUCUUUGAUUCUUAUUUUAACUUAAUGGCUAAUGGAUCCACUAUAUGUAUCUCAUUAUGAAGAAGCCAGUAUACGUUUGUUAGUCUUUUGAGACAUGACCACUAGAUGGCAUGUGUCUAUUACUAUCAGGGCCGGCUCCAGCAUUUCUGCCGC